AUGUCAAGAACAAUCACCACCUUUGCGGAAGAAUCGCACACAUCAUUGAAUCUCAAAGUGCUUGCUACUUCCUCCCCCGAGGCUCUCGUAGAUCAAGCCACCAAAAAGUUAUUGGCUGCAGGAAUACAGCUCAUCGAAUUCAGGUACCAACUAUAUCGUCGCAUGGGUGUUCCUGCCGUCGUAAUGAACCCUUGCUAUCUGGUAGACGAUGACCGGCUGGACGAAGCCAGCAACAUCGUCGCAGAUUUAGGCCUCCCACUUACUUCCCCUUUAUUGACGAAUGCAAAUACCGAAGGCAAAUUCGUAACGCUGAGCCGGCUGCACCGCAUCACAACCAGCACCGCACCAGGCUCACAACAAUUCCUGCAGCUCCUACCCGCCUCAUUUACAGGCUUCGCGCCCUCCGAUCUCAUCCCUUCCCCGUCCUCCGAAGCAAGAAUCCGCAUACCGAGGGAAUCGGCCGUCUACGCCUGUCUUCUCCGCAUCCUAGCUCUCUCUCCAAGACAUGAUCCGACACGGCGACAGGCGUUGAGCGAUUUGUCGAUGCUAACGAUGUACCAUAUGUAUGGUAUGGAGGGGUACUCUGAAGAUGACGACAACCUCGCUCCUGAGGAUGACCCAGCGAUACAGGGAGCCCUGGCGAGAGUGCGCGAGUGGAGCUGGAAUAGGGAGUGGCGUGCAGGCGAGGAGUGGAUAGGCGACCUGUUGUACGCCUUCGUCCAGGGUGAUUAUCAGGACGCCUAUAUUCCAUGGUCUGAUUGA